CAAUUGACUACGAACCUGUUUCACUGUUUUUCCUAUUGCUAUUCUGGCUCAGUAGAUGUCAGCUCAUGAUUAUCAAAAUCUUAUAUUUCCUUUUACCGCAUUCUCUUUGUAACUUUCAUCUUCAUAUAGAACUCACGUUACUUUCAAGCAUCUUUCGAAACUCCCAAGUUUUUGGUCUUUCUUUUUUCUUUUUUUCUUUGCUAUUCUUAUCAAAGUUCUAUCGCUUUCUGAUGAAUGUUACAAGACAUUUUUUCCAAUAUAUAUUCAUUUCCUCAACUUAUCUCUUUCAUCGUGUUGAUUCAAUCAAACUAAACAAGAUCAAAUAUACAAUACAAUCCAUAUUCUACGUCCUUUGUAACAUUUAUGCUUUAUUUACUAGUCUAUUUGCUUUAUCCUUGAUCAUUUUCGAUAGUAAAAGUAAUGCUAUUAACAUUACUAAUUAUCAUCUAUUUGACAACAUUGAAUAAUUACUCUGAUUCGGUUGAAAUCAGUUCAAGUUUAUCAAAAUCAUCAGGAAACUUUUGCAUUGACCCGACUGUCCUUCCAAGUCCGAGACCAUUGACCGCUUUCGUAUCAUUCCCAGGUUCAGGGAAUACAUGGAUUCGUUACCUUAUUCAACAAUCAUCAGGUUAUCUGACCGGAAGUGUCUAUCAUGAUGCUACCUUGGCCAUGAAAGGAUUUCCCGGUGAAGGAAUUUCAAAUGGUUCAAUGGUUAUCGUUAAAACUCAUGAACAUGGUCCAAGUGGUAGACAAUUUUUCACCAAAGCCAUUUUUCUAGUUCGAAAUCCUUUCAAAAUUCUAUUAUCUGAAUUUAAUCGACGAUCAGGUGGUCAUCUUGGUCAUGCUCCAGUUUCAAAAUUUACUGACACAGGCUGGAAAAACUAUGUUCUGGAAAAUGUUGACCAUUGGUCAUCAUUUACUCUCGACUGGUUGAAUUUCAAGGGUCCAUUGUUAAUAUCUCGUUAUGAAGACUUUUUAAAUAAUCUGAAAGGUGAAUUGUCUCGAGUUCUAAGCUUUUUGGAGGUUAAUUUUACCGAUUCUGGCUUGGAUUGUGUUGAUAAACAUCGAAACGGAUGGCAAAGGCGACCUCAACACUACCUACCCUUUGACCCAUUCUCAAUGCCCUCAGGUAACUCAUCAUCAUCAUCAUCAUCAUUGAGACAAGUUGUUGAAAGAAAACGGAAACAAGUUUAUCAAGCAUUGAAUAAUUUUCUCCGUCAAAGUGGACAGCUAUCAUCAAUCUCUGAAUUACCCUGAAUACUGGUGAUGUGGUGUAAUAAAUACUGAACAUUGGUGACUUAUGAAGAAUCAAAUAAAAUCUUCUGAUACCUGCAAGGUGAAUAAAAAUAUCAACCAUGAACUUGCAGUGGAUCUUUAAUCCAUUUCAAGUGAACCAUCAUCAUUAUCAUCAUUAGAAAAAAUCAUUUCCGUUCAUCAGGAAUCAUAAGCAGUUGAAUCUUUAAAGUACAAAACUUGAAGAUUGAAUUGUAAGCAGAAAAUUCAAGUGAAAAUUUGAUAAAUUCUCAGGUGAUUUGUAUCCAUUUUCAAUUGACAGAUGAUGAUGAUCGAGGUAGAAAACGCUUGCGGGUGUAACAUCGUAAACAGUUAAACUAAACAAGGUAAUUUAUUUUCAUGGUAAAUUGCUUCAAUUUACGAUGUCAAUUAUCCUGAACAGGGAUAUUAUUCAGCAAGAGUUUAUCUCUUAACCAAAUGAUUUAAUAUGAGAACCUCAAUGAGCAAAGAUUCCCAAAUAAACUUUGAUACAUUGAUUGAUAAUAAUAAUGUAAAAGUGUAACAUGAAUGUACAAGAGUCAAUCCGAAUCAAUUUCAUUGCUAAACAGAAUUUACUUUGGAAUUGAAUAUGAUCACAAAUUGUUGAUGUAAUCAUCCACCUUGGAAUUGGAGGAAAAGCAAAGGAAAGAAACUUUCACCAGAAUUCCCAUGAUAACAUUUCACAUGGAUCCAAUUCAGUGGAUUCAUAUUGAUUGGAAUACACAACCAGUUAAACCAAUAAUAUCUAAAGUGUUUUCAGUUGACUUUUUGAUUGUGAUUCUUUCUUGUUAUCAUCCAGCUUAUUAGUGAAGAUAAAUUAACUUUUGUUUUAUAACAAAAUAUUAUAUAAGAAGAAAAGUAAUCAAGACGUUUAGCAUUUUAAUAUUGUAAUAAUAAAAGUUUUAUCGCAAAGGAAAAACUGACGAAAAUGAGAAACGGAAAAAGGAAAUACAAUCAAUGCCUUAAUGUAUCAACCACUUAUGCUCAACGUAAAACAAUGAGACAAUUUAAUAAAGAAAUCGUUAUUAUUAUUGUUACAUUAUUUGUUAUGGUGAUUUAAAUAAACAAUUAGU